AUAAAUACUUAAAUAGGAUCUUCUUAAAUCUCCCUCUUCUCUUUCUCUGUGUCUCUCAAAACCCAAAGAACACGGAGUUGGCGGCGACCCUUUAUCUCUCUGAUUUCGAUCAUGGCAGCUAUUGCUCCUUCUUCUGACAAAGCCGCAGAUUUAUUGCAAAAUUUGUCCCUUGAUUCAGAGUCCAAAACCAUUGGAGUUGCUGAGCCUGCAAAGAAGACUGGACCAGUUUUUUCCAAUUGUGCAGCUAAGGGGUCGGCCAAGCCGUUCAAUCCAAAUUCACGCUUUGUCCCAAAUGGAUACCCUUCUACGGCGUACUAUUAUGGAGGUUAUGAUGGGCAAGGUGAUUGGAAUGUUUAUUCCAGAUAUAUGAACCUUGAUGGAGGGAUGGCCCAAGGUGUUUAUGGGGAUAACUGCUCUUAUAUGUACCAUCAAGGUUAUGGCUAUACACCGUAUGGAACAUAUGCACCACCCAAUUCCUCUUCCUCAAUCCUUCAACAAGAUGGUCAGCAUUAUGGUCUGCAACAGUACCAGUAUCCUUGUUCUUAUUACAAAUCUCCAGCUUCUAGUGAUGUAUCAUAUACUCCAAACAAAAUCAGUGUUCCACAGGGAGAAAUAUCAACUCCAAUUGAUGCUGAUCGUGUUGCUUCAUCAAAUGUUUUGAAUAAAGGAAACACUGUUAACAUGGCCAAUAGUGAUUUUACAAAUAAAAAUGGCUUAAAGCCAUUUUCAACUAGUUCCCAACACACAUCUUUGAAUGCAAAUGAUUCUUAUCAAGGGACUAGCUGGCCAGCUUAUGCUCCUUUUACAGGAUAUCAGGGUCCAAGAAUCAGUACUCAUGGUGCACAGUUGCCAGUCCCUUCAGACAUGUCAUUAGUAUCUGAUAGUCAGUCCAAAAAAGGAGCCAAGGUUGGAUUAUCUUCAUCAAUGCCUGUCAAAAGUUUUACAUCUCAAAGGAAUCAAAGAAUUCCUCAGCCUCUGCCACAAUUUGCGAACUUAAAUGGUUCCAGACAUCCAUCUGGAUUUGAACUGGUUUCUGGAUUUAUGAAUGGCAUGUAUCCAAGCAACAGGAUGUACAACCAAUAUGGAAGCACAUUUAGGGCCAAUUCUCGUUUUGGAUCUGCUGCAUAUGGAUCUAGAAUUGGCUCUGCCAAUAACAGGCUUAAUGCCACAGGUGAUGGCUAUGGUUUUAACCAUUUCAAAAGAAAUAUGGAUGGUUUCAGUGAGCUAAAUAAGGGGCCCAGAGCUGCCAAGAGUUAUGAUAAUAAAAAUAUCAAAAGUCUUGGACCUGUCACAUUAUUACUCAAAGGACAGAACCUUCCAGUGAAGAGUGAUACCGAAGAAGUUCCUAUAAUUCCCAAUAAGGAACACUACAACGGGAAGGAUUUUUCUGAGAGUUAUUCUGAUGCCAAGUUUUUUGUCAUCAAAUCCUAUAGCGAGGAUGAUAUUCAUAAAAGCAUAAAAUAUAAUGUUUGGGCAAGUACCCCUAAUGGCAAUAAAAAGCUGGAUGCUGCAUAUCAAGAAACCAAGGAGAAGUCUGGUGGCUGUCCCUUAUUUUUGUUAUUUUCGGUCAACACUAGUGGCCAAUUUGUUGGUUUAGCAGAGAUGUUGGGUCCUGUUGAUUUUGGUAAAUCUGUAGAUUUCUGGCAGCAGGACAGGUGGACUGGUUGCUUUUCUGUGAAGUGGCAUGUCAUAAAGGAUAUUCCAAAUAGUGUGUUGAGGCACAUAACACUAGAAAACAAUGAAAACAAGCCUGUAACAAAUAGUAGGGAUACUCAGGAGGUUAAGUUUGAGAAGGGUGUUCAAAUUGUCAAAAUUUUCAAGGAGUAUUCAAGCCAAACAUGCAUCUUGGACGAUUUUGAGUUUUACGAGACUCGUGAAAAGGCGACUCAGGAGAAAAAAUCUAAGGAACAGCAAUUGCCAAAAAAGGUCAGCAAUCCUGGUGAUUUAACAAUUGGGACAGUUACAUUGCCAAAGUCUCUUUUGCAUGAAUCUGCUGCUGCAAGUGCAGCAGAAGGAAGAAUGAAUGUGGAUGGGCUGUUAGAAGGGAAUGGAUCGACCACAGCACUUGAAGACUCUUCUAAGAGCUGUUAAAACCAAUGAUAGUCACUUGCUGAUUUUUGUUUUGUUUUCCUCUAUUUUUUAGUCAUGUAGUGAGUGGUUUUGUUUGAAUUUCAAAUUAUACCUGCUUAUUUGAUCUUGGUCUGGAGUGGAGUAUUUGAUUUUAGCGUUUUUCUUUGGUCGUUAAAUAAAAUGCGCGUGUUUUGGUA